AUGCAACUCUUCAAUCAUCUCCUCAAUCUGUACUCAAAAUCACUGGAUUUCAUCAAUGCCCAGAAACUGUUCGAUGAAAUGCCUGAGAGAAACUUAGUCUCCUUUUCCGCCUUGAUUUCUGGCUAUUCCCAAUCGGCUGCUCCUCACUUGGCCUUUGAUAUUGUUCCCCAAUUGCAAAAGCAAGAUCUGAGUCCUAAUGAAUUCGUUUUCUCAAGUUUGAUCCUUGCAUGUUCGAAGCUGAAAUCAGUUGAUUAUGGGAAGCAAAUCCAUGCCCAGGUGAUAACCUCAGACUUUCAAUCGGACCUGUUUGUUAAAACAUCACUAAUUGACAUGUACUCAAAGUUUGGUGACUUGGAGUCCGCUUUUUGGAUUUUUAGUCAGUGUCCAUUUGGAGACCUGGUGAUGUAUAAUUCAAUGAUUUCUGGGCUCGUAAACUUUGGUUCUUAUAAAGAAGCAUUUGGGUUGUUCAUGGAAUUACUGUGUCAUUUUGAUUUGAAGCCGACAGAAUUUACUCUUUGUAGCGUGAUCAAGGCUUGUGUGAAUCUGGAAAUAGAGAUGGGGGAGCAAAUUCACUGUUUCAGUGUGAAGGUAGGAUUGGACAUGGAUUGUUUUGUUGGGACAGCGCUUGUUGAUAUGUAUGGCAGAUUCAGUGACAUGGGAAGUUCGGAAAUGGUUUUUGAGAGCAUCUUAUGGGUUGAUCUUGCUUUGUACAAUGCGAUGAUUGUUGGGUUUUCACAGAACAGUCUUGAUGAAUUUGCAUUGGAGUUUUUCAAAGAAUUGAAGUUGGAAGGCUUCAGACCAAAUGAGUGUACCUUUUCAAGUGUUCUUAAAGCAUGUAGUGGUAUAAAAUGUUUGAAUUUGGGGAGAAUUCUUCAUGGAGUUGUAGAGAAAUCUGAGUUUAAGGGAGAUUUGGUGGUUACUACUGCUUUGAUUGAUAUGUACAUGAAAUGCGGGUGUGUUCAAGUGAGUUGUAGAUUGUUUGACAGCAUUUUGGAAAGAAAUACCAUUUUGUAUAAUUCGAUGAUACAUGGACAUGGGAAAAAUGGGAAUUUUGAUGAGGCAAUGAGGUUGUUUAUGGACAUGAAUCGUCGUGGCUAUGAAGUUAACCUUGCUACUUUCAUUGUUGCAGUGAGUUCGUGUUUGGGAUAUGAAAGGAUUGUCUAUGUUCAGGCAAUUAAGCGAGGUUUUGGAUUGGAUCCAAUGGUGCAAAAUGCACUUUUGGAUGGUCUGAUCAAGGGGGGAGCAGUCAUGGAAGCUCGAUGGUUUUUUGAUAAGAUGCAUGAGAGAAGUGUUGUUUCGUGGACAACAAUCAUAUCGGGCUUUUGUCAGUUGGGCCUUGAUUUAGAUGCACUUGAGUUCUUUAAAAUGAUGUGUUCAGAAAGAGUUCAUCCUAAUUGUUUCACUUUCUCUUGCAUUUUGAAGGCUUGUGGAAGUUUAGCUGGUUUGGAGCAAGGUAGAUGCAUCCAUGGGUGUUGUAUAAAGCAUGGGAUCUUUGAUGAGGAAUUCACAAAGAGCUCUCUUUUAGACAUGUAUGCAAAAUGUGGAGCAUUGGAGGAGAGUUAUAGAUUGUUUGAUGAGUUUCAUAAUAGAGACAUUGUCUCUUGGAAUACAAUUAUUGUGGGAUGUGCCCGGCAUGGGUAUGGUGGUGAGGCUCUAAAAUUGUUGGAAAGAAUGGAGGAGUGUGGUGUCAAGCCAAAUCAUGUGACAUACAUUUCUUUGUUAUGGGCUUGUAGCCAUUGUGGGCUUGUUGAUGAUGGGGUCCGCAUCUUUGAGUCAAUGACCCAUAAGCAUGGUAUCAUCCCAUCCAUGGAACACUAUGCAUGCAUGGUUGAUAUGUUUGGUAGGGCCGGGACGCUAGAUAGAGCGAAAUGCUUGAUUGAUAGAAUGCCGUUUGAGCCUGAUUUAUUGAUAUGGAAGACAUUUUUAGCGUUUUGUAAGCUUCCUGGGGAUGCACAGCUAGCACAACUUGCUAGCGACCAUGUUUUUAGGAUGGAAGGUCAAGAUAAUGCAACAUGUGUACUUAUGUCCAAUAUAUAUUCCGAACUUGGCAUGUGGGAUGAUGUCGAGAAGGUGAGGAACAAAAUGAGAGAUGAAGGAAAGAGGAAGGAACCUGGGGUGAGUUGGGUGCAAAUUAAAGACACGUCAUGGGCAUCAUCAACGUAUGAAUGA